AAACGUUAUGAUGCUAUUCCCCAAAAGUCUCUGAAUAAAUCAUCAUCAUCGCGAAAAAGUGAUUGCGAAACUGUGUCCAGUGAACAGAUGAAGGUUGUGUGGUCUUCUCACUUUUUUGCUUUGUUUUAGAGAGUUCUGUUGUCAGGGACUAGACAAAGACUUCGUUGGGAAGAUGGUGAAAUGGUUUACAAUUUGCUGGAAUAGAAUGUAAAUGUUUAUUUUGUCUAACGGAACCACCACCAACUUUUCAAAUCCAGACAAUUCAGGAUUCACCGAUUUAGUCAGCUGGAGUGAUGACAUGUACGAGCAUCACUGCACAUCAUCAGCAUUCAGUGAUUCAUGCGUGGGAGGUGUGAGGGGACAUGGGCAGCUUCAAGGGUCACGCAUUGCCGGGGAUGUUCUUCCUGAUCGUCGGGCUGUGGUGGGCAGGGAAGUACUCCCUCUGGAACGUCACCCGCAGGAACAAGAACCUGGGUUCCACCCGCCUGGCCAACAGGGCUACACAGCGGCGUCUAGAGCUGAUGGAAGGGUCUGUCGUCCUCUUCUUCUCUGUGGUCGGGAUGCUGGCGGAGCAGUUUGCGGCGCAGGGUCCUAGGCUCCACCUGUACGACUACGCGGAGAAGCACUGGGAGUGCCUGAUGAACUGGCAGCACGCCACCAUGUACCUGUUCUUUGGGCUGGCGGCGGCCAUGUCCCUGGUCGUGCACGGCACAGGGGCCGCCCCCGUGGCGCUGGACAGGAUGAUGCUGGCCCUGGCGUUCUUCACAGAGGGAUUCCUCUUCCUGUACCACCUCCAUGGCAGGUCGAUGCUGGACGUCCACGUCCACCAGCUGCUGCUCUACGCCGUCUUUGGCUCGGCCCUCACGUCCUUCCUGGAGGUCUUCCACCGAGGGAACAUCCUUCUGGAGCUCCUGCGAUGCACCCUGACCCUGCUACAGGGGAGCUGGUUCUGGCAGAUUGGAUUUGUGCUGUAUCCACCCAACGGACCUGAGUGGGACCUUAAGGAUCACAGCAACAUGAUGUUCAUCACCAUGUGCUACUGCUGGCACCUGGCCUUUGCCCUGCUCACCGUGGGUGUGGUCUACUGCACCGUCAGCUGUGUGGUAGGGUCCAGACUGAAGAGGACUCCACCCAUGGAGAUGGGACUGCUGAAGCCCAAGGAAAGAGACCCAGAAUCAGAGGAGGAGAUUCUAUAAAGGCCUAUUUGUCUGUCUGUCUAUCUACCUGUCUGUCUGUCUAUCUGUCUGUCGAUCUACCUGUCUAUCUCUUACAGAGUACCAAAUUCUGGGUGAUUCAAUGGUGAUACGACACAAGGAAUCCCACCUCGACAACCCGUAGCCGGCCCAUGCGCGUCCAGGGAUUCACAGCCAGAGAUAAGAACCAAACAGAACCAAAUCUAAACAAGUUGUAUUAUUUUUUCCGUAGAACAUUUGAAUAUAAUGUAUGUCUGUAUUCUCUUUUUUAUGCUCAGGCCUGGCAUCAUUGUCCUUGAGGCAUAUCUUGUUUAUACUAAUUCAUGCUACUGCACGUAUUUCAUGAAGUUUUGUACUGCGAAAGUACGGGGCUAAAGUUUUAAUGUGUUAAAUGACCUGUCUUCUGAUGGAGUUGAUGGAGUAUGUAAACAAACAGGGAUGUUUUUUGCCAAAGUUUUUGUAAAAGUGCCAUUGUGUGAUGAUAACAGGUAUCAUGUGUAUUACAUUCAUUAGGUCAAGGCAAAUACUUGAAACUGGUAAAAAAAAUUGCAUCUGCAGUUUUGUCUACUGAGACAAAUAUUAAGAUUGCUGGAAGUUUAUGGUUCCUUCUCAUCCCUUCCAGUGGAAACCAUGUAUUGGACGAGUAGACACAAGCAUGCGUUUAAAUUUUUUUGUACAAAUAAUCUAAAACAUGUUCAUUGAUCAAAUGAGUGAUGAAUGAUAAAACCAAUUAAUUAUUUAUCAUUAAACCCAGAAUUGUUAUUUUAUUUUCCAUAAUGUAGUUUUCUGUCAGUCCCAUCCUACACAACCUGAACAAGCUGUCACUAAAAGCAACAACCUGCCAAAGGAGAUUAUGUGCAAUUUGGGACAUAUUUUGAAUUGAUGUAUUUAUUUUAUCAUCUGACUUUUUAUAUAUUUACAUUACAUUUAGUCAUUUAGCAGACGC